ACCGUGGCCACUGCUCCAAGGACGAAGAAGAAGGAGAACGUGGCUAGUCAUUCUAACGUGUUAUCGAAUCAAUCGGAGUCUCUUGGUGCUAGCACCGCCUCCACCCUCUCCCAGGAAACAAAAAGACUGUAGGGACGAUGCAGACAACAGAUCCCGUGCUUCCACGCAUAGCGGACACCACAGUUACCGGUGCCAGUAUGAAUGAACUGAUGCCAACGGACGAAUCCCAUACCGGCUCUUCACCAGGACUCCAGAACGCGCCACCCGAGGAAAUUCCCGGAACUCCUGGCCCUAAGAUGAAUAAUGUGCAGCACGCAUGUGCAAGUGGCACCUCUCGGAGCUUCAACCACGACAUAACUUUCGCAACCCUGAAUCCACCAACGGAGGACAAUACCGUGUACUUUGAUGCACUUAGUUCUUUUACCUCGUCUCCUACAUUUCAGGAACGAAUGUUUUCUGAGGAGGAGAUGUGUCACUCACUGAAGUUGCAGGGACAGAUCUUUCGAGAACGGCUACUCAAGAAAGCCCAACAGGGUUUGGAAAAACAAACGCAAAUGCGGCAACGCCUGGAGAUGCAAGACACAGUCGCUCACCGGAUGUUUCAAGCCGUGAAGGAGAUGACCAGGAGAUGUGACGAUGCUGCGAAGGAGCGAGAGCGCCUAACAUCUGAUGUGGCUAAGCUCACCAAGGAAAGGGACGAGGGCACACAAAGAAAUCGAGGGUUCCAGAAAAACAAUGAAUGCAGAAAACACCGUGCUGAAGGGUCAGUUGAAAAAAGCCGAGAUGAAGAUAAACCGCAUGGAGAAACAUCUGGAGCAGAAGACCGAAGAGAACUGGCAGCUGACACAGAUGUGCGAUGACCUGAACUGAAGUCUGCGCAUGGCCUUCCACUUCUGCGAGGCUUAAAACGGUUGCUGGCUUCUUGUAUCUUAGCAAAUGACACUAUUGGUGUAUUUCAUUUCAUUAUAUUUAUUUUUGUUUGAAUAAAAAGUCUAUGCAAAAGAA